UUGCGCCACAGCUGCGUGACAUCGCUAUGAUUUUCCCAGGCGAGCGAGCAUGGAGCUGCGGAGCUAAUGCUAGCAUUGUUCGUGUCGUUUAGAAAUGGGGUUUUGAAGGACUGUCAAAAACAAGUCGAAGAAGCGAUAUUGUGUGUAAUCAAGGGCCAGUUCAAGACAGUACAGAUUCGUCUCUGACAACCAAAUAACACCAUCGAGAGACUUAAUGAGAAAAAAUGCAGGCCGGUGACCCUGGUGUCGGUGCACAAAUAGCAGCUGGUGUUCAAAGUCGGUCUGAGGAUGAAGAGUCUUUAGGAGUUAAAGAUGUGAAGAGAACAGCAACACAAGCUUUUGGACUAGUGGUGCCCAAACGCAGAAGUUCGUCCAGGUCGAUAAAGAGAAAGAAAUUUGAUGAUGAGUUAGUGGAGAGCAGCCUUGUCAAGUCCUCCACCAGAGUCAAAGGUCCUCCUGUCAUGGAGCCCAUCCGCUGUCCAGGAAGUGAACCUUCUUCCAGCGAGAAAAAGAAGUUGACAAAAACGGGUACGUCCUUGUCGCAGCCCCUCAUGAUGAUGAUGAACCCCACUCCUCUUGCCAAGAGAGUGAAGAAAAGUAAACAGCCACUACAUAUCACGAAAGAUUUGGGUCGAUGGAAGCCCACUGAUGAUCUCCUGCUUAUAAAUGCUGUGCUACAGACAACAGACCUCACCUCAGUUCAUUUAGGAGUCAAGUUCAGCUGUCGUUUCACCCUUCGGGAAAUUAAGGAGCGCUGGUAUGCUCUCCUCUACGAUCCUGUCAUCUCAAAACUGGCCUGGCAGGCGAUGCGCCAGCUUCACCCUGAAGCCAUAGCAGCAAUCCAAAGCAAAGCUCUCUUCAGUCAAGCAGAGGAAGCCUUACUUGCCAAGAUUGGUUCUACUAGUCAGCCCAAACUGGAUGUGUUCCAGGAUCUUCUGAGCAAACACCCAAGUGUCUUUCACCAGUCUCGCACCCCAAAAAGUCUGCUAGUCCACUGGCAGCUACUGAAACAAUACUACCUUCUGGAUGACCAGAGCGUCCAGCCUCUUCCCAAAGGAGACCAGGUCCUCAACUUCUCUGAUGCAGAGCAGAUUGUUGAAGAAGUCAAAUUGAAAGAAAGCAGGGACGAAGUGCUGGAACACGAGUUGAUGAUUUCUGAUCGUCACCAGAAGAAAGAGAUUAGGCAGCUGGAGCAGGAGUUGCCUCGUUGGCAGGUUCUGGUCGACACCAUCACAGGGAUGAGCAUGCCGGACUUUGACAACCAGACUUUGGCGGCCCUUCGAGGGCGGAUGGUCCGCUACCUGAUGAGGUCUCGUGAGAUCACGCUGGGACGAGCGACCAAGGACAAACAGAUAGAUGUAGAUCUGUCCUUAGAGGGACCGGCCUGGAAAAUCUCAAGAAAACAAGGAAUAAUAAAGCUGAAGAACAACGGGGACUUCUUCAUUGCCAACGAGGGCAGAAGACCUAUGUACAUCGAUGGUCGACCGGUUCUGACAGGAAACAAAUGGAAGCUAAACAACAACUCGGUGGUGGAGAUCGCAGGACUUCGAUUUGUGUUUCUGAUCAACCUUGAACUCAUCUCGCUCAUCAAAGCAGAAGCAGCCAAGAUGGCGCAGCAGUGAGCCCUCGCCACCCCUCAAACUGUGCCAGAGUCAGACUGACCUCUGAGCCUUACACAGGCCGGGUCCUGCCUCUGCUGCCAAGACUUGCUUCUUCUUUUUGGUGUCUUGUCAUUUCCAUGUUGUGAUGUAGAUUCUCUCUUGGUAGAGCCACAUUUUUUCCAGUGAUCAGAGUUGUAUUUAAAUUCUGAAAUAAAGCUUUUUGAAAUAA